AUGGCGCUGAGUGAGGAUGAAUUCGAGCAUCUGCUCGGCCAGCUGCACACGGCUCACGUACUGGAAGUGCAGCGGCUGAGGGAACAGGUCCGGGGCUUUCAAAGAGCCAGCUCCAAGGAGCGAAUGCGCUCCGAAGCAGAGGAGGAGGAGAUCCGCAGAAACUUCCAGGAGGAGGAAGAGAUGCCGGACGACUACCCGGACGAGCUGACGGUGGAGUCCUCCAGCGCCAUCUCCAAGGUCUGGACCCAGGGCAAGAAGCGCGGCCUGAAGAAGCAGAAGAAGUGGCGAUCUUCCUCGGAUUUGCAGUGGCAAGGGCAACUGCGGCCCUUCCUGGCGAAGUGCAUCAAGCGCCCGGUCGUGGACUGCACCAUGAGCUUCCUCAUCUUCUGCAACGCCUUGGUCUUUGCCGUGGAGGCACAAUACCGCGGCUUCGAAUUCGCGGAUGCUGCAAACUUUCGCGGAGCGCCCAACGGCCAGCAGAUGUGGCUCGGUGUGGAAGGGGUCUUCGCUACCCUGGAGCUGGUCUUUGGGAUCGUCUUUACCAUCGAAGUCUGCCUGCGGCUCUUUGCGGAAGGCCUCGGUUUUUGGAGGGAGGCCUGGAACUGGUUGGAUGCUGUGGUGAUCUCCGUGUGGCUGGUAGAGAACUUGGUGGAAGAUUUGCCAGUGAACAGCCAGAUUCUGCGCCUGGCCCGUAUCUUCCGACUGCUUCGGUUGCUGAAUCUGGUCCGCAGAAUUCAGGAGUUUGAUCCGCUCUUCUUGAUGACCACAGCUAUCCGUAGCAGCAUGACUGUGCUUGGCUGGUCCAUGGCAUUGCUGUUCGUCUGCCAUCUGUUGUUGGCCCUGGUCGUGCAGCAGAUCUUGUUUGGCUACUACUUCGAUACUGAAUCGGACGACCCAGAAGGCCAGCAGCGAGUCUUCAUGUACUUCGGAACCUUCACUCGCUCCUUCCUGUCGCUCUUCGAACUGACUCUUGCCAAUUGGGCUCCGGUUUGCCGCGUGCUCCUGGAAGAGGUCAAUGAGUGGUGGGUGGUCUUCUGUUUGCUUCACAAGUUUACCGUGGGCUUCGCGGUCGUUGGUGUCAUCAACGCGGUAUUGAUGCAGGAGACCUUCAAAGUCGCCUACCUCGACGACACCGUCAUGGUACGCGAGAAGAUGCGGACGAUGCGUGCUCACGUGGCCAAGAUGUCUGAGCUCUUCCACGAAGCGGACACUUCAGGAGACGGGAAGUUGGAUCUGAACGAGUUCAAGCGGAUCCUGAAGAAGCAGGAGGUGAGGGUCUGGCUUUCGGCUAUGGAGUUGGACGUCAGCCAUCCGGAGGAGCUCUUCAAGAUGUUGAACACCGCUGGGGAUGGCCGGCUCUCUGCAGACGAGCUCGUGCAAGGCGUCUCGCGGCUGCGUGGCGCCGGGAGGGCACAGGAGAUGCGAAAGAUCCUGGAGACCAGCGAGUACAUGAAACGGAUGUUGGCAGACAUGUCGAGAACACCCCGGCUGUACCGGAAUAGAUCUGAAGCUUCCAGCAACUUAUCGCCGGAGCUCUCAGGAUCGGACAAAGACCAGCUCAACUCCGUCAGCUACUGA